AUGGAGAGUCCGUUGCUGCAGGAGCACGUCAUACCCGCCGCUGGGCGACAGUGGUGGACUUGGACGGCCCUUGCGGCCACUGCACUCGUCCUCUCUUGCCUCCAACUCAUCUCAAUUCACCGAGUUGGAGAGUUGCAGUCGGCGGUCGCCCCGCUGACGUUGCAGCUCUCACCAGCGACUGAAGCCGUGCAGCUGAGUCAUCUGACGAUCAAAGGCAAGUUGCUCGAAAAGCCGGGAAAGUACCUCAUUGGAGGCCUCACUCCGCCCGUCGACCAAGGCUCGCGCGCCAACUGCUGGCUCUUCGCCAUCGUCGGCGUGCUUGAGGACUCGUACCGCCGUCAGGGCAUCGAGCGCGGCUGGCUGAGCGAGGACAUGUACCUGUACCUCUCUCGGCAGUCGCUCGGCAUAUCCAUCAUGGACAUCUGCAAGAAGCACCCGAGUGGGCUGUGCCCGGCUACGACCAGCGCGGACGGGUCGGUCAUCGCCUGGGGGAACACGACCAACUGGGCCGACGAGAAGCUGCUGUGGUACCUAAAGGAGCUGGGCACCAAAGCCCUCCCCGGCUCCGUUUGCCCAUACACCGUCUCGGCGACCGGCGAGAAGGUGUGCGAGGGCAUGGAGGCCGCGCUGCAGACCAACCCGCUCGAGUUCAAGGUCAAGCGCGCCGACAUCUUUUACGACAUUCCCGACAUGCAGCGCGCGCUGAUUGAGAAGAAGCGCGCGCUCACCUUCUCCAUCUCCGUGCUGAAGGCUGAGGCCUUUGUGGGCAUCGCCUGCUGCAUCCCGCAGACGCGCGCCGCGGUGACGAUGGCGGGCGAGUGGUACCACCGCCCCAACGGCAAGCAGCUAGUCCUCGGCGGCCAUGCCAUCAACGCUGUCGGAUAUUCGGACAGCUACACAGACGAGUGGGGCAACAAGGGCGGCCUCAUCGUGCGCCAUGCGUGCACGGUGCGCAACUCGUGGAAGGACGGGCUCGGCUUUGCGCACGGCGCCACGGGCCAUGGAUCACACUCGGCCGCGUGGUACAUGCGCGAGGUGAGCGAGAAGGACGAGGCGCUCGUCUGCCCGAACCCGCACAGCCCGCGGGAGUGCGUCGGCGCCAAGGCGGUCCUCGACGCCAAGCAGGCGCACCAGCCGCUCAACCUGACUUGCUCCGACAACUCGAACUUUGUCGCCUCCGGGACCGUCUGCGUCAAGGGUGGAACCUACUUUCUCAACAAUCUCACCGAGUGGGACGGGGAUGGGCUGUUCAUUGCUUGCUUCGUCGGCGACGGCCACCCAGAGGCCCGCGCGCCGCCGCUCCUUCGUGGCGUAGUGUGUGCUCCGCCCCUCCUCCUCGACGACCUCUCCUCGAUCAUGGUCCCGAGCAAGCUCGAGCACAUCAACGACCCGGACGUGUGCGGGUACAACUUCAUCUCGUACGCGACUAUCGAGAAGACCAUGUCCCGCAUCGGCGGCAUCGCGGCCGGCGACUUCACGGUGGAGUGGUCGCGCACGUCGUAUGAGUCGCAAAAGGACUUUUACACGCCGACGCCGCGCAACUACUCGCUGAUUGCGGCGAGCACGCGCAAGAUGCCAAAGACGCGGAUCCAGGCCGGUGGGCUGUGGCUCUGAGACUGGAGCGGGAAAGGACAAAGGACGGGUGAGCGGCUAUCAGGGAGGGGGGAGACAGGGCUGGUGAUGGGAGGAGGUGGUAGGAGCCGCAUAUACACUGUGCCAGUGAGUGAAAAA